GCUCGAUUACCUUCACUGACCAGAAUUGCUCUCUCAUUGUGUCAGUCGACUGGAGAACGUGACGAUCAGUAACGGCCGAAACCAUGGGUAAUGCGGAAGAUAGUGCUCGCGGUUCUUCGGCUGCAAAUUACUUGAGAAAUUUUCGACUUGCGCGACGAGUGACCCAUGGUAAACGUUCCACCGUUGAAGCAAUUGACGCCCUAAGCCUUCUAAUCCAGCACUCUGAUCAUGACAGUGAAUGCCCGGUUUGUUGCCUUCCGGUCACUGUCUUACUGGAGUCCUCAGGAUGUCGUCACAUGGCGUGUGUGUCUUGCUGGGUGACUUUUGUAUGCACAGAAAUCGAAAACUUUGCCAUGUCCCGAUUGACAUGCAUCGGUUGCAAAAAAGCACUAAGCGCUAGUACCGUGCUUCGUGUGCUCACCAUACCGACCGGGAAUUCGGCCGCCUUUGAACUUUGUAUGAACAACCCAGUUCAGCUUGCGACCAUACAAACACAUUGUUUAAAAAUGCUAUCCCGAUACGAGGAAUUUCUUCUACACAUCGCCCUAUCUGAUGAGACAGAUUUUCGCUGGUGUCCUAAUGGCUGUGGCUACGGUGUAAUCGCCCAUGGCUUCCAGCGCUGCCCACAGCUGUACUGUCAACGACCUGAAUGUAACGGACUAUCGUUCUGUUACAAUUGUCGGCGACCUUGGAUAACAGAUCCUUGUCGUCCAGAAAGCUCGGUGUUAACUGAAUCGAUGCACGUCUGUUACACAAGAAGCAUGGACAAGAACGACACCGAUGAAUCCGUUGCGCCUUUCUUUGACGUUAGUCGGAUUUGCCACCGGGACUCUAUCCUAAUAGACCAUCCGCUGAAGUCUCCCCUGGCUCCCUUGGAUACCGUGCUACCACGGCAAAACUCUCCUAUGACUGAACACGCUAAUGGCGCACGAUCAACCGAUUACCCGGAAUUACGUACUCAGAAUUACGACCAUACGCCUCUCGAUGAUAAAAUAACACCAGGUGAUGUCCAAACCGACGUCAGUCCUACAACAACUCCCUCCGAAUUUAUGACCAAAAAACCUGUUCCCGUGGGAGGAAAAAUCAAACCGUGUCCAAAAUGCAAUACCUUUAUCCAGAAAGUGGAUGACGGUAGUUGUAAUGAUAUGGUCUGUGCCAUCUGCGGUUUCAAUUUCUGCUGGCUCUGUCUACGUCCUAACUCUGCCGGACAUUACUUGGUUCUCGAUGGGUGUUCUAUAUGGGGUAAACGACGAUGGUCUACGAGGCGUCGGCUUCUCGUUCUACUGGCGGUUCUUCUGCUCACUCCGUUCACGCUACCACUUAUUUUGGCGAUCGGUAUUCCUGUUGGGACCAUUAGUUUCGUUGCCCUGUCUUGUCAACUGGUCCGCUCACGUUUUCCAACUAACAAACAUUUGCGCUGGUUUGCAGUUUUUGGUACUUGUCUCGGAACGUUGAUUUUCUUCCCGAUAUUAACUGUUGCUGCUGUAGCGGCGCUUACCCCCGUUGUCCUCGGAUUUAUCUACCUAUAUUUACCAAUUAGCGUACUGCGGUCAAUUCAUGGGGAAAAGACCGCACCUGGUUCGCCUUCCGAUGAAUUGGGAAUUUAUAAUGCUGUUUGAUGCACUUUUUGGUGUUUCGGUUUAUCUACACCAACUCUAUCCCAGUCUUUAACCCAGUCACGAGUUCUGUGCUGUGAACAAGCACAAUUGAAGUCUUUCUGCGCUGUGACCCGUUUUCCUACGGAAUGAUUACUUACUGUGAUAUGAAAUCAAUUUUUAUCCAUUUUACACGAGAAUUUAAAGUCCAGCUUCCCAUGAUGGUUACAUCUAAAUAAGAAUGCAAAACCAAAAUUAGAUCAGGGUAGCUUCACAACUAGGAACAAUUUCCGCUCGCUUCUCCAGUGCAUUUUUAUGUUUCAUUUCCGCUCUUUUGAUUUCGCUUUUACGAAUACUCUCAAUUUAUCCAUUUUUUUUUACAUUGUUUCACACUGAUGGCCAUUCUUGAUCAAGUGACGAUUCAUUGACUGAACGUUGAAACCUUUC